CCCCGCGGCUCCGCCCCCGCCUGUCUGUGUCUGUGGCGGCCGCUCUCGAUAAAGUUGUUGUUCUGCCAACAUGGCGGCGCCCAUGGUGACCGUCCCGGCCGUGCUCGCCUGAAGGUGGGAAACGAGGCAUAGAGGAGCUGCAGGUCAGAGCCUAUGAGCAGGCCCUUCUCACCCUCUGAAGAAUGGCUUCUGCUUGGCAGAGAUUGGGUUUUUAUGCCUCUCUUCUGAAAAGACAGCUACAUGGUGGGCCAGAUGUCAUCAAGUGGGAAAGGAAAGUAAUUCCAGCAUGUACCAGAAGUAUUUACAGUGCCACAGGAAAGUGGACGAAAGAGUAUACGUUGCAGACAAGAAAGGAUGUUGAGAUGUGGUGGCAUCAACGAAUAAAAGAACAGGCCUCCAAAAUUUCAGAAGCUGAUAAAUCAAAGCCCAAGUUUUAUGUGCUUUCCAUGUUCCCUUAUCCCUCUGGUAAGCUGCACAUGGGCCACGUGCGUGUCUACACCAUCAGCGACACCAUUGCACGAUUCCAGAAGAUGAAAGGGAUGCAGGUCAUCAACCCCAUGGGAUGGGAUGCUUUCGGAUUGCCUGCUGAAAAUGCCGCGAUCGAGAGAAAUUUGCAUCCACAAAGUUGGACGCAAAGUAAUAUUGAAUAUAUGAGGAAACAGCUUGAUCGACUGGGACUUUGUUUCAACUGGGAUAGGGAAAUAACUACGUGUUUGCCAGAUUACUACAAAUGGACUCAGUACCUCUUUAUUAAGCUCUAUGAAGAUGGACUGGCCUAUCAAAAGGAGGCCUUGGUUAACUGGGACCCAGUGGAUCAGACAGUGCUUGCCAAUGAGCAGGUAGAUGAACGUGGCUGUUCGUGGCGUUCUGGAGCAAAGGUGGAACAGAAGUACCUCAAACAGUGGUUUAUUAAGACAACUGCUUAUGCAAAGGCCAUGCAGGAUGCGUUGGCAGACCUUCCAGAAUGGUAUGGAAUAAAAGGCAUGCAGGCCCACUGGAUCGGGGAGUGUGUGGGCUGCCAUCUGGACUUCACAUUAAAGGUUGAUGGGCAAGUCACAGGAGAAAAGCUGACCGCCUACACAGCCACCCCCGAGGCCAUUUACGGCACUUCCCACGUGGCCAUCUCCCCCAGCCACAGACUCUUACAUGGGCACAGCUCUCUGAAGGAAGCCUUUCGGAAGGCACUUGUCCCUGGCAAAGAUUGCCUCACUCCUGUGACGGCUGUGAAUAUGCUCACCCAGCAGGAGGUCCCUGUCGUUGUCAUGGCCAAAGCUGAUUUUGAGGGCUCUCUAGAUGCAAAAAUAGGAAUUCCCAGCACCAGCUCAGAGGACACCGUGUUAGCCCAAACCCUGGGCCUGUCCUACUCUGAAGUCAUUGAAACUUUGCCAGAUGGUACAGAGAGACUGAGCAACUCUGCCGAGUUCACAGGUAUGACCCGGCAGGAUGCUUUCCUAGCCCUGACUCAGAAAGCUCGGGGGAAGAGAGUGGGUGGAGAUGUGACAAGUGAUAAACUGAAAGACUGGUUGAUCUCGCGGCAGCGGUACUGGGGCACGCCAAUCCCCAUUGUCCACUGCCCAGCCUGCGGCCCCACGCCUGUGCCUCUGGAGGACUUGCCCGUGACCUUGCCCAACAUCACAUCUUUCACUGGCAAGGGCGGCUCCCCACUGGCCACGGCUUCAGAGUGGGUGGACUGCUCCUGCCCCAGGUGCAAGGGAGCAGCCAAGAGAGAGACAGACACGAUGGACACCUUUGUUGAUUCUGCCUGGUACUACUUCAGAUACACGGAUCCCUGCAACCCUCACAGCCCUUUUAACACAGCGUUGGCAGAUUACUGGAUGCCUGUGGAUUUGUACAUUGGAGGGAAAGAACAUGCUGUCAUGCACUUGUUCUACGCGAGAUUCUUUAGUCAUUUUUGCCAUGAUCAAAAAAUGGUCAAACACAGAGAGCCUUUUCAUAAGCUGCUGGCCCAAGGCCUUAUCAAGGGGCAGACAUUCCGCCUACCAUCUGGACAGUAUCUACGGAGGGAGGAGGUCGAUCUCACGGGUGCUGUUCCCGUGCAUGCAAAAACGAAAGAGAAGUUAGAGGUGACGUGGGAGAAGAUGAGUAAGUCCAAACACAAUGGGGUGGACCCCGAGGAAGUUGUAGAGCAGUAUGGGAUCGACACAAUUCGCCUCUACAUCCUUUUUGCCGCCCCUCCGGAGAAGGAUAUCUUGUGGGAUGUGAAGACUGAUGCUCUCCCGGGAGUGCUGAGAUGGCAGCAACGUCUGUGGUCCUUGGUAACUCGAUUUAUUGAGGCCAGGGCUUCGGGGAAGAUUCCCCAGCCUGAGCUGCUGAGUAACAAGGAGAAAGCCGAGGCCAGGAAGCUCUGGGAGUACAAGAACUCGGUCAUCUCUCAGGUGACUGCCUGCUUCACAGAGGACUUCUCACUGAAUUCCGCAAUUUCUCAACUGAUGGGACUCAGCAGUGCCCUCUUGCAAGCCUCUCAGAGAGUCGUUCUCCACAGCCCCGAGUUUGAGGAUGCUCUGUGUGCCCUGCUGGUGAUGGCUGCUCCGAUGGCCCCUCACAUAACCUCAGAGCUCUGGGCAGGCCUGGCACUGGUGCCAAGGAAGCUCUGUGCCCACUAUGCCUGGGAUGCCGGUGUGCUGCUUCAGGCGUGGCCAGCCGUGGACCCGCAGUUCCUUCAGCAGCCCGAGGUCGUGCAGAUGGCAGUUCUGAUAAACAACAAAGCCUGCGGCAAAAUUCCUGUGCCCCAACAGGUCGCCCAGGACCAGGACAAAGUGCAUGAACUUGUUCUCCAAAGUGAGCUGGGUGUCAGGCUCUUGCAAGGACGCAGCAUCAAGAAGGCCUUUCUUUCCCCCAGAACUGCCCUCAUCAACUUUCUGGUACACGAGUGACAGCAGGAGGGCUGCGGCCACUAUGAGGGGCUUUGAGGAACCUGCCUCCAGGCCUGGGAUGAGGGGAAGGGAAGAGGCAAAUGUCUUGAAUGUUUACCUUGGUGCUACGACAGACUGCAGUCAACAGUGUGCCUCUGCGGUGUGGCCUGGUGCAGGGGCCAGGGUGGAUGUGGGCAAAGGAGAAGGAGGAGCAAUGGGGGAGGGGUCGUGCUGCCUGUCCCUCACCCCCUAGCUCCCAUGCAGGCUGGAGGAGGCCAUCUGAGCCCACAGGAAGCCAGCAGAGGUCGUGCUGGGUGGGAGCAGGAAGGAGAAAGAGUAACAAGUGAGAAGCAGCACAGUGCCUCCCGAGCAGUGCGGGAGCCCCUAGAUCCUGGAGGUGGCAGUGCCUGUGGCCUCCUCGGGAACACGAGGCUAGCCUGAGGCAGCGUGGCCGACACUUUGAACCAGUCACCGAGUGUUGGAUGGUCUCUUUGGCUGCAGGCCAGAUGAAGAAGCCAUGUAGCCCGUGUUCAAACGUCCAGUAUGUGGAACGGACACUGGGAUCUUCCAGAGUUGCUUUGAACCAAAAGGCAAGGGGUGCCGGUCACUCUGCACGUGUCCCCAUCGCCCCUCAGCUCUGUUAUUCAGGCCUCUCCCCCAGCCCCAGCUGGAUGUACCUGCCAAGCCUGUUCCAGCGCUGACACGGGGCUCUCAGGCAAAGCAGCACUUCCUCACUCGAGUGAGGAGCAGCGUAAAGGGGGAAUAAGAUUUGCCAUGGAGUAAAGUGGAACCAGCUCCAGGCUGCUGGUCCCCAGUCUCAGAGCCCCAGCCCCAGAGGGCUCACAUGGGCCCCAGAUGACGAUGCCACCAGUGUUGAUGCGGCCUCCACAGCCAGUCAUUAGGACAAGCAAGUUCACCACAGCGGAGUGGAAUGGAUCCCCCCGGCGUUGCCGCCUGUGUCCAAGCCACAGCAGCCGGCUGCUGGGGAGAUGGCCAGGAAUGGGCCCUGCCGUCAGCGCAUUGACCUCGUCCUGGCUUUAUGUGAAGUCAGCAGUGCGGUGCUCUUACCAGAAUUGGCCUGAGCCACUGAUUAAUACUUAAUGGGAGCGGGUGGGAGAGAAUCUAGCCAUUUUGUAAUGCUAGAAGUCUCCAUGUGUUAUCUGAUGCCAUUUUUCUGAAGUAGCCUCAGAUGUGGUUCCCCUGCAGUUCAAGCAGUUAACAGAUGACUUUUUUUAGUGUAAUAAAAUGUUUAUCCUCUAUGA